AUGAUAUCAUCAUUGAAUUUAAAUAGACAUGUUAAAGAUAGUUUAACUUUAUUUAGAUAUACUUCAAACUAUAGUCAUUGUUUAGCGAGAUCAUAUUGCUCAUUAUUUUUCAAUCAAAGUGGACAUAAACCAAGAAAAGUUGUAAAGAGAUACACUAAUCUUAAUGAUAAUAAUAAUAAUCAAAUAAAUACAACUGAAAACGUCAAUAACAAUAAUAAUAAUAAUAGUAAACAAAAAGUAAAACAAAAUGAAAGUACAACUACAUCUGCAUCUGCAUCAAUAGUUGGUGAAAUGAUUCAUAAAUAUGAAGAUAUUCAUCAACAUAAACAACAACAACACCAAGAGCAUCAUUCAAAACCAUAUAAAUCAUACAAUUCUCAACAACAGCAUCAUCAUAAUAUUCAAACAAAACAUAAUCAUCAUCAAUCAGGCACAGCAUUACCAUCAAUAGUUUUCGAAGAUUUACAAAACAAAUUCUUUAAUUUAAUUGAUCCUUCAAAUAGUAAUAAUAUAACACCGGCUACAGAGAUUAAUGUAGAGACUAAUAGUAGUGGAUAUAUAAGUAGAAUGGCACCAGACACCAUUCAACACCCUUUGACUCUUUCAAAUAGACCUAUUCCAAGUGGAUUCCAAGUGUUGGACGUUCAAAACAAACUUGAAGUCAUCAAUCAAUUGGAUUAUUCAAAGAUACCGAAACUAGAACAUGGAUUGGAUCGUGUCAUCACCGAGAAAGGUGUUCAUCCAGUCAGCGACUUUGAUGGUACUCCCAGAUUUACAAGAUUCCUCUCACAAAUUCAUGAUUUCGAUAGUUUAAUAUUACAUAGUAGUUAUAUGAUACCAUCUCAAGAUAAGAAUUUACUUAAACAUGCAAAAGAAAAUAAUUGUAAAUAUCUUUCAUCUACGUCAUCAAUUACAGCAGUUCUUACAAAACUGUACUUUGCAUUGACAAAGAAAUAUAAUGUCGAUGUUUCUGGAUUCAGUUCACAUUUGCAAAGACUAUCAAGCUUCACACCACAACUCGUCAAACCAGUCUCAAUCUUUCUUAACUACAACAACUCUGUAUGGGCAAUAGACAACAACAGUGGUACAUCACCAAAAAAUAAUCAAAUCUUAAUGGAUCUUGGACAUUCAUUAGAAAAGAUGUUAACAUUGAAUGAAAAUGAAUUCAAUGAGAAACUUUUGAAAUCAAAGAACUCGACUGCUCAUGAAUUCGAUGAAUCCUAUGUGUUCUCAAAGUUUGGAGAUAUCAUGUAUCGUUCACAGAUCGAUUGUUACUCUGAGAAGUUCACUGGAAAAUCAAAGACAUUCGAUUUGAAGACGAGAGCAACAAGAAUGAUUCGUUUGAACUGCGCAGAUCAUGAGAGUUACUUGGGUUAUCAUAUCAAUCAGAUUAUGGACGACGGCACCUCUGGUUCCUACGAGAAGGAACUCUACGACAUGUGUCGUUCCGCAGCAAUCAAAUACUCGCUGCAAGCCAGAAUCGGUAAUAUGGCGGUCAAUCUACCAAGAGACGACAUCACACUACUCUAUGCAAAUUCAUUAAGAACAUCAGGUUUAUAUCCUGAAUUCCAAGAAUAA